CGAAUUCACACAUUCAAUGGCGGACAUCAAUCAGAAACUCGCUGCACUGUCCAUGUCGGACUCUGCUCCCAAUGGCUCUGGAGAAGAGCCGUCUGUAAAGAAGGCUUACGUUCCUCCUCACUUGAGAGGUAAACAGAACGUCUCUACUCCACCAGGAUCAAACGGUCGUGGUGCUCAGAGUAAAGUGGUGAAUGAUGGAACAGCCAGUAAACCUUACCACGGUGGCAGAAACAACUAUGAGAAUGAUCGUGGAUUCAACAAUGCACCAAGAUCAUCCGGUUGGAAUGUCAACGAUGAGGUUCCAGGUGGACGUCCUUCUCGCCCGUUUUCAAGUAAUCGUGGUGCUUUUUUUGGAGGCUCGUCUCGUCGUGAGUACCAAAAAGAUCCCAGUGAUGAAUUCUACUCCCGUGCAGAUAUAAAGGCUCGUGAUCCUCGCUUGGAGACAAAACUCUAUGGCAAUCAACACAAUUCGGGCAUUAAUUUUGAUAGGUACGAUGAUAUCCCUGUCGAAGUUUCUGGAAAUGCUGCUCCACUGCCAAUUCACAGCUUUGAAGACUCUACCAUGGACCCUCUUGCAAAGUCAAACGUCAAGCUUGCUGGCUAUUCCAAUGCUACUCCCGUCCAACGGUACUCUGUAGCUAUCGUUACAGCCGGUCGUGAUUUGAUGGCUUGUGCGCAAACUGGCUCGGGAAAGACUGCUGCUUUUCUACUUCCUAUUCUUAGUCAGAAUUUUUCAGAUGGUGCAACGGUCAGUGACACUCCAACAGAUCGUCGCAGCAAAAUUUUACCCAUUUCUCUUAUACUUGCUCCAACUCGAGAGCUGGCUAUUCAGAUUUAUGAAGAAUCAAAAAAGUUUGCAUAUCGUUCAUGGGUUCGUCCCUGUGUAGCCUAUGGCGGCACUCCCAUUAGUGAUCAACUACGCGAUCUUGAGCGUGGUUGUCAACUUUUGGUUGCUACUCCAGGUCGUCUUGUUGAUCUCAUGGAACGAGGCCGCGUUUCUCUAGCUUCUAUUCGAUACCUGGUUCUUGAUGAAGCUGAUCGUAUGCUUGAUAUGGGAUUUGAACCUCAAAUUCGUCAAAUUGUUCAGCAAGCUGAUAUGCCUACUGAUCGUCAAACCCUCAUGUUUUCUGCCACUUUCCCCCGAAAUAUCCAAAUGCUUGCUCGUGAUUUUUUACACGACUAUGUGUUUAUUGCAGUGGGCCGUGUUGGAUCUACCUCUGAGAACAUCACUCAAAAUAUCGAGAUGGUGGAGGACGUAGACAAAAGAUCCGUACUACUUGAUAUCCUUGCUACUGAUGCUGGAAUUGCUCAAGAGAGCCCAGAUCCUGCUGCAAACCUGACUCUUGUCUUUGUGGAAACUAAGCGUGGUGCAGAUAUGCUUUGCAACUUUUUGAUAGAUCAACGUUUUCCCGCCACGGCUAUUCAUGGAGAUCGUACUCAACGGGAGCGUGAAUUUGCUCUCCAGUCUUUCCGUUCUGGAAGAACCCCUGUCUUGGUUGCUACUGCAGUUGCGGCUCGUGGUUUAGAUAUCCCCAACGUGACUCAUGUCGUCAAUUUUGACUUGCCUAGUGAUAUUGACGACUAUGUGCAUCGUAUUGGUCGUACUGGUCGUGCUGGAAAUAUAGGAAAAGCCACCGCUUUUUUCAAUAUGGAGCAGAACAGGGGUAUUGUCAAGGAGCUUGUAGAAAUUCUUCAAGAGGCCAACCAAGAAAUUCCAGGCUGGCUCAACCACUGUCGUGAGCAAGCCGAUUUUGGUAGUUUCCGAUCUGGUGGUGGUCGCGGUCGUGGUAAUCGUGGACGCGGUGCUAGAUUUGGUGCAACUGAUUACCGUCGCGAGCAAGGAGGCAACAGUAGCUCCAAUGGUCAUGGAUCACGCCCUUCUGGAGGCAAUAAUGUCUACAACAAUAGCUAUGGAAAUAACUCCAGCAGCAACAAUAACUCUAAUGGUAGUUGGUUUUAAAUGGGUUGCGAUGAUUUCUGAGUUAUUGCGUUGUUUUGCCUUUUAUUUUAGUCUUGUCAUCUUUCUGUUAAUCGACUUUUUUUCCAUCAUCUUUAAUAAGUUUUUGCUAAUUACGUCGAUUUAGUCUUCGUCUUUUAUUAUUUUUUUUGUGCUGUGCUUUCAAUCCCCACUUUCAUCAUCUCUCAUCCUACUAUCCUUAUCUCACUACCCGCCACCUCUUGCUAAGCACGAACACCCGCACGUAUGCUAUUUUUAUCAUGAUUGUCACACACUUACAUUGUGUGGUGAUCGUUCGGAGAGAGGCCCACACUUUGGUUUUCAUUACUCUCCACCUUAAAUAAUACUUGUUGGUUUACAGUC